GUUGGCCAGCCUCGUUGUCUCCUGAUGGUCAGUGUUCAGACUAUAACUAACUCCAGCAGUAUGAACAUGGAUAAAAUACUGCUGAGCUUCCCUUUGUUUUUAUUUGUUCCCUUUUCCUCUCCAACUCCAGCUCAGGGUCAUUAUAAGGUGACAAGCUCCCAUCAGCCAAUUGUUGCUGCUCCAGGUGAAAACGUCACCCUCCUGUGCCAGGUGGAGCCUCGGUUUGACAUGGUGGACAUGACAGUGGAGUGGUCAAAGCCUAAAGGAAAUGGAUAUGUGCAUCUUUACAGAGACAACCGUGAGGUUCCAGACAUGAAGAUCUUAUCCUAUAAGGGCAGGACGGCGCUGUUGACUGACAGCCUAAGAAAUGGCGACAUAGCACUCACCAUCACCAAUGUGACGGCUGCAGAUGAGGGCCAAUACAAAUGCUUCAUACCAAAGUUAAAUGGACAGAUCAAAUCUUCUAUUGUUCACCUUGUUAUUGAUAUAAACCCAUCUAAAAAAGUUACCACAGAGAUACCAAUAAGUCUUCCUAGAACAGGACCAGAUGAUCUUCACGGUGGUGCUUCCAGUCCCAACAGAUUUACCCCACUUCUGCUUUUCUGGAUUUUGCUGAUCUUCAGUGCUUGAAUCGCAGGAUACUUACUCGUUAUGUUCAGGUGCAUGUGUUAUGUUCAAAUAAUUAAAAAUAGUAAAAUGUAUAUAUUUUUCGGUAUUAGUAAUGGAAAGAUAAAGUUGAAAUUAGGACGUGUAAGAUCCCUCUGUACAAAUUAAAUGUUGAAAACUGGGAUUAAUAAGAAAGAGGUUCAGAUAGUGCAGAUUAAAGCUAAAGCACUGAUUAAAUCUAAAGCACUGAUUAUUAUUUUUUUAUUAUUAUAAAAUUAUAAUAAAAAAAACUAA